GUCGGAGAGGUCGAACGAAACAUUGAUCCAGUCGUGAUGGCCAGGGCAGUGCGAAAGAUCGACCUUUUCUUAAUUCCCGCCAUGGUCUUCGGAUUUGGCCUCGUCUUCUACGAUAAAGCGAUCCUCGGUUCCGCAGUCCUCUUCGGCAUGACCACUGACCUUGAACUGAGUCUCGUCGACAAAUCGACUACACCGCCCAAGGUCGACACCACACGACUCAGUUGGGCCACUUCCCUCUUUUACUUUGGAAUGCUGGCGGGCUUAUAUCCUAUGAGCUACGCGCUGCAGCGUUUCAACGUCGGCCGCGUCCUCGGAUUUUUGGUUAUUCUAUGGGCAGGCGUCUGUAUGGUGACAGCCGCUGUCACAACAUACAAGGGUCUGUAUGCUCAGCGGUUUUUCCUUGGAUUCGUGGAGAGCGUUAUCCCAACCGGGUUCAUGUGCAUUGUAUCUAGCUACUAUACUCAAGCGGAGCAGUCGAUGCGUCAGAGUUGGUGGAUCAGCAGUACGGGUCUUUUCGGGAUACUGGGUGGUGCGUUGAACUAUGCGUUUGCACAGAUCACUACUGGUGGUUUACAUUCCUGGCAGUACAUUUAUCUACUUGCAGGAUCCUUGACUUUCUUUUUUGGAUUAUUCUGCUUUUUGAUACCAAGCUCUCCCGUAUCGGCUUGGUUCUUGACAAAAGAAGAGAGGUUUGCAGCAGUUGAAAGGCUGCGGUAUGGCCAAACUGGUGUGAGGUGCAUAAAGUUUAAGAAGUCACAGCUGAAAGAAGCUGUGAUGGACUUAAAAAUUUGGCUUAUAGCAAUAAUGAUGGCAUCUGCAUACACAGUAAACGGAGCUGUCAGUGGAUUCGGACCCCUGAUUGUUUCAACUUUUGGCUGGGACACCCUAGAAUCCAUCCUCUUUCAAUUCCCGCUAGGCGGCCUCGCUUUCAUUACCAUCCUUCUCACCGGUUACCUAGGCUCUAAGAUUCCAAAUAUCCGAAUCAUCAUGCUGCUACUCUGCUGUCUUCCCGUCAUCGCAGGCUGCGCAAUAAUCUGGAAAAGCUCCUGGACUUACCAUGCAGUAGCACCUGUGGUCGGCUAUUCUAUCACUGGCUCUUUUGGCGGCGUCGCUAGUCUCACCAUAGUACUCGGAAUGUCUAACGUGGCAGGCCAUACCAAGAAGAGCUUUACAGCAGCCACCAUCUUCGUUGCCUACUGUGUAGGAAAUAUCAUCGGACCUCAACUAGUGCGGUCGCAGUCGAAGUCACAACAUUAUCCAGAGUUAUGGACAGGCUUAAUCAUAUGUUACGUCAUCUGCAUGGCUGCUUCCGUUGCCCUAUACUUCGUUCUCUCGUCCGAGAAUAGGAAAAGAGACGCCGUAGUAGGUAGCGAAGAAGAAAGAGCAAAUCUGGCAUUCCAAGAUCUGACGGACAAGGAGAACCCAUAUUUUAGAUAUGUUCUAUGAUCGACUGGCAGGUUGGAGUUCAAGAAUCUACUCCACUAGACACAUGCAUGAUAUAUCGCCCCCAAGACGCUUCUAUGGCCUCCUAGUCUUGCUUCUCAUGAAGUCGUCGUGGAAGUCGAGCUAGCGGGGGGGUUGGAUACUCCAAGGAGGGGAUCAGCAAAGUCUUCGCGAUAGACGCGGUGGAAGUGAGCAUUCUCCACGUUUAUUAUGGGUGAUUAUGUGGAUUCUCUCUGAAAUCGGAAUUUAUACCGGACACGCAGGUAAAUGCGUUUGGAAGCGGCCUGAUUCAUGUUGAUAUCCUCCGCAGCCUUUUAAUGUACUGCUCCUCCAGAUGUCCAAGACGUUCGUGCCACGGUGCCAGCCAGCUUUCCGAAAUUGCAUAGGCCAGCACGGCUAAUAUUGCUAGGACGAAUCUGUCCUUUCCGCAGUUGCUCGACCGACGCGAAGUCCGUGGUAUAUAUAGCCGAGGAGCUGUAGGAUUAUCAUGAUCGUUCUAGAAU